AGCGACGGCCGGCAACGUGUUGCGCGUGUUUACGCAUACAAUUCACCAGCGUCGGACGGUUCAGUAGUAUUUUGCCAGCUGCCGGUCGAGUGAUUUUUCGAGUAUGUUCCCGCUCUCGCCGUCUCCCGCGACAUUAUAAUAUAGAGAAUUUUGUCGGUGUAUUUUUUUUAUUUUUUCAUUUUUUUUUUAUUUUUUCUUCUAGAUUUUCUUCGUUCGCGCGACGCCGGUAAAAAGUCCCGCAUAAAUUUCCAUCAGCUCGGCCGUUAUUCGCUGUAACAAUAUAUCGUACCUACCGCACGAAUCGCCACAGUAUUGUAAACAUUAUCUCGAACAUAAGAAAUUAUAUAAAUUACCGGUGUCUCGUUAUUAAAAACAAAUAAUAUAACACAAUGGACCGAUUGAGCGUGAUGAAGAGCGCCCGGCACUUAUUCAACGGACCGCUGCGCAAGUGUUCCAAAACCGCAGCGUCCAACUAUCGGCGCACGGCGAUGUCGUCUCCGUACGUCGCGGUACGCACGUUCAGCGUGGACGCCAGCCACAAUUCCCCGUCGUCGUCCUCCGGAUCCGUAAUCCUGGAAUCUCCGUUCGGAUCGGUCAAGCCGGUGGAUCUCACGCUGCCCGAAUACAUCUGGAAGAACGUGGAGAACUGGGAAGACAAACCCAUGAUAGUAAGUCGUCCGACCGCCAUCGCUAUAUACACCUAUACUUACGAUUCAUUUUCUGCUUAAAACUAACGGUUUUGUACCGUGACUCUGGGGGCGGUCGCAGUUGCCUCGGAAAUUCGAGAUUUACAACCAACCGCAUAGUCUUUAACGCGAUUUCAGACAUUCCCUUGAAAUAUUACAUUGGAUGUUGUACCGCGUUUUAUAGUAUUAGGUGGUAACCCAAACCACUAUACCCAAUCCCGGACAUCACUCGUCCGGAAAUCCGUUUUGAAAGCCCAUAACCACUCUUUCCUCGAAGAAGAACCCCGCGGGUUUCGCCACCGAUUUGUUGGCACGGUUGUAUAGUAUAUUUUGUAACAACAUCACAAACGUUUUUCAUAAUAGUGUCGGCACCUUGGGCCCAUAAUAGAAAUGGCGGGGCCCUCAGCCCGCACAAUAUUCGUUGACGUUUGCCGAAAAUCAUACAUAAUAAUAAUCCGCAUAAUAAUACGCAGUAUCUGCCCCGCCAGGCAUCGAACCUUAAAAUGUUAACGAAAUCGUUAUUCCUUUGUUAGAGAACGCGUAAUUUUCGGACUAGAAAUUGUUGACGAAAUGUAGGUGGGUAAACCUACUGUUAGAAAUCCGUCAAGCACCGCUAUAGGCAUGUGCGAACCGUGACAACGGCAAUGUCCGCGAUGAAAGUAAAUUUUCGAUACACGUAGGUACUCGUUGAAAACGUUUGCCGCGGACAAUAAAUUCGAUCCUGGUUAUUUUUUUAUUAUUUUUUUUCUAUUAUUAUUAUUUAUAUGCAUAACGUGACGCGGAAUAACGGAACGUAUUGUACGAGCAAAACUAAUAAUAAUGAUAACACUAAAUGUUCGCGGAUAACGUGAUAUAGGUGAAUAUUUUAAUUGUAUAUGUGUGCACAACAACAGUAAUAAUAUAAAUAAACAAAGUAGGCCGCACUACUAGUGCACUACGCGUGAAACACGUCAACACGUAAACGCGCGUCUUAUUUGGUACGCAUUAUCAUUAUUUACGUGCUGUACGAAAUGAUUUACUUCUGACGCAUUUGAAAUAAUUCCCGUUUUAAUUUACCUACGCGCGUUGUAAAAAUGACAACAUUAAAAACCAUUGUAUGAAACAAUAAUUUUAAAACCGAUUACGCGCGGCCGGUAGUCCAAUAUGAAUUAUAUCCGAAUCGUAAAAUCGCCGUUAACAAAUAGUAAUUCGAUUUUGCAAAUUAUUAUUAUAAUAAAUUUAUUCUCAUUCCGUAUAUUGUGUACAGCUAGUUUCAAAAAAUAGAUAGCGUAGAGAAUUUACCAAGGUACCUGUAUAAUAAUAAGAUAAUGUUAUGCUAUAUUGAUACAGGUACUCCGUGUGUAGCUAUUAUAAUAUGGAGAGGUAGAUAAGUACUAUACAAAUGUAUAAAUUAAAAAAAAAAAACAAAAAAAAAAACGGAUCUAAUAAAACGCGGAAAUCGUGUAAAAACUGUACGGUUCGGUAAAAUUAAAUAAUAAUACACACAAUGUAGAUUACUAUUUGAAAAUAAUAACAAAUUGUGAUUACAAUUGCGAGAAAAAAAAAAUUGAAACCAAAUACGUUCGUUUAAAAUUUAAUGUCACAACAUGUUGUGUUGCAAUUUAAACGAAUAUUGUUAGACUUUUAAUUCGGUGUUCGUUCGACAAGUUAAAAUUUGAUGGACGUUGAAGUUAAAUAAUUAACUAAUAGUUUGUUGUCUGUGUUGAUAUUUAUUUACGAAUUGUUACUGUCGUGUUCACGCGAAACGAGUAAUAUAAUAAAAUUGCGUAUUGUGCAAUUAAAAAAAAAAAAAAAAAAAAAAACAACUUUAUUAACGAAAAAUCACAAAAUCGUAUACUCGAGGGUGUAAAUUAAGAUUUUAUUAUAAUAUAUAGGCAGGCUACUUAUAGAUUUUAAACGAACAUCGUUAAUUAAAGUUGAAAUUUGAGUGUUUUCGUGAAAUUUCAACGAAACCAUAACAAUAAUAUUAUUGCUAUGUGUUAUUAUUUUCUUAUCGCGUAUAGAGAAUUUAAUAAUAAAUAUUUCAAACUUCGCGAGUUUUGUACUUUGCAGUUCGCAAGUAGUAGUGACGCGAAUUUUUCAAAUAUUUCCACAUACGUAAUAGCAUUAUAGAUUAAAAUAUUAUAUUUAAUUUAUAUUGGUAAUAUAGCAUCAAAAUUAAUUAUGUACGACUGUACGACUGUUACGCAAAUAAUAAAAGACCCUUGAAUCACAAAAGUUUACGAACCGGUUAAUUAAAUAAAACUGAACAUUCAAUCGUUCGAGUGCCCCGGAAUACGAUCCGUAAAUAAUUUAAUAACGCUAUAAUUUAUACUUAGCUAUCAGGAAAAAUGUACUAAUUUACUAUGUCGUGAUAUUAGUUAUAUCAAUGCCAUAUGAAUGAAUGCAUUUUGUAAUAAACGAUCACGCGACGUCUGCAAACUGGAUACUAAAUAACAUGUGUCGACUAUCUAUGUAUACGUUACUAUCAUUAUUAUCAUUUACUGAGCUACCAUAAAGGUAUUACAUAAUGGUUAUACUAUAAAGAUUUUUACAACUCGCAAGCUUUUAAUAAUUGCAAAUACCUAAUUUCAAUUUCUGAAAUAACCUAACCUAAUAUUAAUAUUACGUUUUUUUUUUUCACGAACAAUUACUACGGAAAAUGUACUUGAAUACUCGUCAUCCGAAAGUUUUAGAAAUCACACACAUACAUAGGUACUUGAAAAUUAAUUUUAAUAUAAUGCUAUUUAAAUAGAGGUACAUUAUCACAAGUCUGAUGUUAAUAAACAACAUUGUAAUUUAAUAUAUACUCGUAUAAUAACCCGUAAUUUAUCUAAAAAAUACGAGUAUUUACCAGUAAAAAAGUACUUACCUAAGUAAAUGUUUUUUUUUUUUUUACAGUUACGCAUUAUUCGAAAAUGUGUUAAUAUUUAAAGCUUUAAAUUUAAUUACGUUUUUAGCAUUAAUAUAAUGUUAUUUUUAUUUUCGAAAAUAAAAAAGGUAUAUAAUUUUGAAAAAUAAUGGCCGAAUUCAGGGGUAGAUCCAAAAAUAAUUUUUAGAUACGACCCAUGAAUUUAACCCCGACGAUUAAUUUAGGUAACGCAGUAAAAUCUAAUUAAAAUAUUUAAUACUUUUUAUUUUAGGUAUUGAUAUUUAGAUAGUUAUAUGGAAAAAUUAAUCUUCUCGGCUUCCACAUUUACAAUCUCGCCUGAAUUUGCCCACUAACUCUUCACUUUUUUCUUUUUCGAUUGAUUGCAAAGCGAGGUCAAGGUUAUGUAAACACUAAGCGUUUUCCGGUCAUGGUUGAUCUGUUGUAGGUUUUCAUUCUCUUCGUCGUUAAAAAUCUACUUUUAGCUGUAGCACUCGUAACUGGAAUAACUAAAAUUCGUUUGUACACUUCUUCUAGCUUUAAAAACGAUAGUCUCAUGCCUUUAAUUACGAUUAAAAUGCCCUUAGCAAAUUCUGAAGUAAAUAGUUUUUUCUGUUUUACUGCGCUUUCAACUUUUCAAGAAAUUUAUUGCUCCCAAAAGUUCUUAACAAUUUUAUGCAUGCGUAUUGAAGUCUUAAUUUUAGAUCUACAGGCAUCUUCGAUUCAUUUUUAUAAAGAUAUCAUCGAUUGUUUCGAAAUAUUGACUUCUAAUUUUCAUUUAACAUCGGUGACACCCAGUGCCUAAAUAGGUUAAUCUAUUAAUCUAAACAAAAAAAUGAAAAUUUAAUAUCGGAAUUAAAUGGUACUAUACUGUUGUAACUUGCAUUGACAUAUUUACUAUCCAUGGACGAUUUGCAUAGUUAUAGAGUUCGGAUAUUAUAGGAAUUUCCUUAUUUUUUAUAUUGGUCAAAUAUGAAGAUAUGGUCAACUAUAAAUUAGUUUCGUAUAAUUCGUAUGAUUAGACGAAAUUUAUUUGCUUUAUAGUAAUUUUAUUUAAUGUUUUAUGCCAUUUUUUUUUACAAAUUUUAUUAUUAUAAUAUUAUUAUUUUUUUUAGAGAUUUUUCGCUUUAUUAGGUCUAUUUCGUUUUAAUACGAUAUGUUUUAUCAACACGUAUUUUAAAUGUUUGAAAGGUUAAUAUUUAUUUUUAGCGAAUAUAGAUCAAAUUAGUUUUGACAUGAUGUUCGAAAACAAAAUCAGUAGGAUCUGGAUUAGAAAUUACGUAUUGUAGACUUAUAUUCAGUCGUUUUACAUAAAAAUAUAUUUAUAAGUCUUUUAUAUAUAAGUCAAAAAUUCAAAAAAGUUCAUGUUCCUCAUGAUAACGUGAUUAAUUAAAUAUAUUUUUAUUUGUGAUAAUUUAACAUAACGUUUAACUUAACUUAACUUAUAAAAUAUUAAUUUAAAAAUAAAAGUGUAAACUUAAAUCAAUCUUGGUGGAAAUGUUAGACGGUCUCGAACUCACCCGGCCCACCCAAUAGAUCUGCUCCUGUAACAGAUUCAUAUAAAUUUUAAAUUUGAACUUAUAUAUUAUAAUAUGUUUUAUACAUAUAUGUAUAAACCUAAUCAGUAACCACAUAUAAAUUAUUAUGAAUACGGAAUAACAUUGAGAUACUUUUGAGUCAAGUACCUACUAAUUAAUAUUAAUAGUUUAAAUUUAUUUUGACCAUUUAUUUACGUAAUACUUAUCUUUUGUCGCUAUAUAAUCAAUAUACUCAAAUGUAAAUUCCUCAUUUGCCAAUUGCUGAAUAACACACAUGAAUAACCAUGAAAAAUGUUAAUGCAAAUACGUAGUCUGUAUAGAUAACAUCCACGAGUAGAGUACUUGAAUAAAAUUAUAUCAUAAUAACUAUAUAAUACACCUAAAUAGAUAGGUAGGAGGUAGGUACUAUUUCAUUAUUAACCAAUAAUUGCAACGACAAUUUUUUAGAUAAGAAAAAUUACAGUUUAUUUUUAAAGAUGUUUAUGAAAAGGUUAUUGUCUCGUUGAAAUGAUUUUUUACGUCAGUUGUUUGUGCAAUAAGACGUACACGCGUGUAUAAGUAAGUAAUAUUACAUAGUCGAUUAAUUGUAUUUUUAUUUUAUAGAACACUCCCAAGCCGAACUUUAUACCCAUCACUAUAGUAUAUUGUUUUAUGAACAUCAAUUACACUACAAUUCAAUAGUUCAGAGAAAAUAAAAUAAAACAUAUACUAUUAUUUAUGUGCCCAAAGUUCAAAAUCAAUUCAAAACAAACAAUAUAAAUUAUGACUAUUGUAUUUGCUAAAUGGCUAAAUAUCUAUGGAAAUACAUAUAUCAGAAACGCAAAUUUAGUAUAAAAAAUUAAGAUUAUAAUUUAUAAUUUGUUUAAACAACAGAAAGGAACAUCGCAAUAAUUAUAGAUAAUUACCUACAUACACGUUUGUAGAUUUUCGUUUAUCUUUACUCGUUUGCCUAAAAAACUUGCAUAAAAAUAAGAGCACGUUUUAAAAUCGAACCGAAAAUAUUAAUCCUUUAUCUAUUGUAUCGCAAUAUAAUAUUUCUUUGAAAAAUAACGGAAAUAUUAAAAAUUCCGAGUUUAAAAUGCAUAUUUGCACGCAGAUAUAUAUCUGCGUAUAUAUACACUUAACUAUUUCAAAAUGUAAACAAAAACAAAAAAAUUAAAUGAAUAUGUACUCGUGCAUAUUAUAUAAUGUAUAUAAUAUGUAAUAUUUUUUUUAGAUUCUGAGUGACGCUAGGAAUGUAUUAGUUUUACAAUGAUAUUUUUUUUCUGUGAACAACUUUUUUAUCAGACGGUUUGCUCUAGUUUCCAAAUAUAGCAUCUUUUCUGAAAGGAAAUUUGACUGGGGUGGUACUUUAAGGAAGUAAUUUUUUGAUUUUCCAAGCAAUUUUCAUAAUAAUUUGGAAAACUAGGGAAAAAAAGUAGGAAAAAUGGAAAAAUUUACUAAAACAUUUCAAAACAUGUAUCACUGAACUCCGCUCAGAAUCGUUUUUCGUUAGCAUUAAUCUUUGCGUACAUAUAUGCUUAAAAUUCUCCUUUAUAUCCUACCUUUCUAACUUCUUACCUACAACAGUCGCCAUGCUUAUCAUGCAAAGUAUCGUAUGUAUCUUUUUUUUUCUAUCUAUAAACAACUUUUCUUCUAGAACUCUGGCUCCAAUCAAAACAUGACAAGAGACCUUUUUUAUUGUAUUUUGGCUCUAUUUGCUAGUUAGUACUUUAGAAAAGUCAUUUUUUGAAAUUCUCAUUAAUAUUUGAGAUAAUCAGGAUAAAUUAGUAUUUAGGUUAAAAAACAUUGAACGAUUAAAAAUAAAGUUGUCAUUGGCAACCGUUUUUGUUGUUAUUGAGUUUUUAUUAUUUAAGUCUUUUUAAACAAUCGUUGUCGUGAAAAUACAUAUUGAUGAAAAAGCAAUUUUAGCAAUACUAUUGACCGAAGUGCGCCCAGAAUCGUUUUUCCUUAACAAUGAUUGCGUACAUGUAUAAAUUGAAUUCCCUUUUAUAUCCCACCUUCCCUGCAAUUUCAACAGUGGUUCCACCAGUUCUCAGUAUCAGCUUUUUUUAUUAUUAUUAUUAUUAUUGAGUAAAUUGUAUAAUAUGUACCUAUAUCGAAGAACAAUAAUUUUUGGUUAUUCGUUGAUUUUACUUCGGCGUUAAUAAUUUACAAUCUAUAAAAUAAAUUAUUAAUUAAAACUACCCGAUAACCAUAAAUAUAUCGUUUCGAAAUAAAUACCUAUUAUUAACUCGACUUCAUUAAUUUUGUGUAAAUUAUUAAACAUUUGAUUUAAACCGGUGAUAUAACUUGCAUUCAAACAAUGAAAUGCAAAAACUUGGAAUUUCCCAAUAACAAUUAAUAACCGUUAGACGUUAGGUAUUAAUUUUAUUGAACAAAUUUAUAAAUUAAAAUAUAUUAUUGCUUACUACCUUGUUAAACAAACUAUAACCAAAGAGUUUUUUUGAAAAUGUUUAAUUUAAAAUUAUGUAAUUAGGUACUUGUAAAUAUUAUUGUUCAACAGUAUUUCGGUUUGGGUAGCUAUACUGUAUUAUAAUAUAACAAUAAUGCAGUUUAAAAAAGUGCGUUAUUUAUUUAAUUUCAUUAUAUUAGUACGAUUCAAUAGAUUACCUAUGUGUAAUAAAAUAGGUUAAUGCUAAUGCAAUAUUAAAUUGUUAUAGUCAUUAUGUGCCACUAUCUAUAUAGGUAUAGCUGCAUAGACACGUAUUGAUGUGUAUGACAAUUUCCGGGUUUCGGGAAUUGAAAUAAUUAUUAUUGCAAUAUGAAAAUACCCUGAAAAUAUAGCCGGCUUACAAACAACAGUGAUGACCACGUUCAAUACGUUGACGUAAUUAAUAUUAGAAAACCUCGGCCUUGUCAUCUGUAUUAUUAAUAUUAUUCCGCAUGUUAGUGUUUCGUGUGUCGCUAUCGGUUAUCAACAGCCGAGUUGGUACGCAUAAUAAUUAUAAUAACAUAAUUAUAUUUUAAUCAUGGUUAUAGACCAGGGGUAGGCAACAGACGGCCCGAAGAAAAUAAAUAAAUGGACCGCUACUUUAUUUUUUUACUCCAACGCUGGUUUUUGAUUUCGUUAUUUGUCUCUGUGUAGGUCCAGAAUUAUCCAAUCGUCCGAACGUAAUCUAUAUGUAUGAUGUAUUUGGUAUAUUCGGUGUAUUUGUAUUUUAUAUUAUUAUAAACUUGUAUACAUUAUAUUUUAUUUUAUUCUAUAAAAUGACAAAAUAAUAUUGUGUUUUUAAUACAAAAACAAAUAAAUUUAUCAAAUUAUAAAUGUUUAUUUUGGAGAUGUUAAAUAACACGGAACACCAAAUAGGUAGAGGAACACUUCCCGACUAUACCUAUGAACCAGUUUCAAUCAUUCAUUCAUAUAACUCGGCAAACUUUGAAACAAUUUAUAAUUAUAAACCAAACCAAUUUUUGUUUUUGAUUUCCUGGUGGCCGAAUUAUUAUUAUUUGACACUCGAUGAAGACACCCUGAAUAAAGUACAAGUUUUAUUUUUUAUUAAUUGUUUUGUUGAUUGUAACUUUAGUACACUAUAUUCUACUGUCUGCACUAUGCCAAUUUAUUUAAUCUUAAUAAUUCGUUUCAGUCAUACAUUAUGCUUAUAUUCAUACCUAUAUAUAUAUAUAUAUAUAUAUAUAUAUAUAUAUAAUACAUAAACAGAUUGGUCGAACUAUUAAAAUAUGAUUAAAUUGAGUAAUUAUUGGUUUUUAUAUUUUUAUUUAUCGCAGGUACUUAUCUAAUGUUAUGUGUAUAAUAUGGUGGAUAAGACCAUUUUAUAUUACUAUUAUUGGAAACUGAAUUCAGGGAUCCCUAAACUCAUAGGCGUCAUUUAUUUAAAAAAUCGUGAAGUAGCGAAUAUCCUUGAAUAUUUUUAUUUCAGUUGUGGUCAGUUACGGAAGUAAUUGUAGAAUUGGGAAGAAAUACGUGAUAUUUCACUAUUUUCACUUAGAUUAUCUGUUUCUAAACGUCUUAUUGUAGUUUUCAAAAUAUUGUUGUUAUUGAGCUAUUUGUAGCUAUUUUAAAUUAUUGAAGUUUUAUCGUUUUUAUUUUAUUGUGGGUAGAAGUUUUAUACAUAAGUUUAAAGAAAACUUUAUUUUAGAUUCUGAGCGAAGCAAGGAAUUUAUUGAUAUUACAAUGUAGCUUUUUUUUAUGCUGUGUAUAAAAAUUCUAUCAGAAAUCUUACUUCAAUUUAGCACCUUUUUUGAAAGAAAAUUUUGUUUUUCCCUGCAGUUUUAAAAACGAUCGAUAAAAACGCAAGAAAAACGAACAAUUUUCAAUAUGAAAUCAUGAAACUACAUGGAAUCACAAUGUAUAUUAAACGUUAAUAAUUAGUUGGCACAAAAACAUGUUUAAAACAUAAAAACAAAAUAAAACGUAUUAAAUACAGUUUCAAUAUUAAAAACAUGUUUUUAUAAAUUUAGUUGUAUAGUAUUUUUAUUUUGUUAUUUUUAAACCAAUAAUAAACUUUUUCCAGAUGUACAAUUCAAUAAUGUUGUAUUAUUAAUAUAAUUUAAAACAUCAAAUAAUGUCUUGAGACAAUAAAGUGGUUCACCAUAAUUAUGUAGGUAGGUUCAACCGGGACCUACCUAUGGCCAAGCUGUCAGGAUGAUCGUGAUUUACCGAUAGGUCUAUUCGCCAAUUUUGUAGUAAUAUAAUCGUACUAUGAAAUUUUGAAAGAAAGUUCAAGGAGUGAAUCGCCAAUGUAUACAUUUGUUACUAGAUUUCUUUUCAGUUUAAACUUAACUACCUAACCUAUAUUUAUUUCACGAUUUAAGAUAUCUUCAACCGUGGUUUAUUACCAAUUUUCAAUUCUAAGUUAUAUAAUCAGUUUUACAAUGAAGUGUUACUUUUUGGAACGUAAUCAUUUUAUAACAAUUUUUCAUUAGGUUAUUUCAUUGAUAUUUGAAUAUAGAUAGGAAAUCAAUUACAUAAUAUGGUACCUAAAAUAAGUAAAAAUUGAUAAAAUGGCGAGAAAAAAUACUAUCUAAAUGGAUAAAACUUUGAAUACUUUGAAUUACCGUCUUUUAAGUCUGUAGCUAACAUAAAUCAGUAGAUUUUAAACUAAAAUAAACCUAUUUUUAAAAUUUUUAUUUAUGUAUUUAUAUUAUUAAAGAUGUUUGGGAACAAAGGUAAUCAAUAUAUCACUCUAUAGUUACUACACCGGACUUUGUAUUCACCUAUUACCUAAUUAUGAAUUAUAUAAUAAGUUAAAUGAUUUGAUAAACAUUUGCAGUCACCAUUUAACAAGUUAUAAUAUGUAAUGGAUGUUUAACUAAGUAAUAGUAAAUAAGUAGGUAUACUAACCUACUUUAUGAUGACAUGGGUAGAUCAGUUAGAUAUUUAUGGAAGAUGGCUAGGUUCUAUAUAUACAUAUAUAUAUAAAAUCUAAAACUCCAAAAUAUGCAAAAUUAAAUUUUUUUUUAGUAUACAGAAUUGUAAAAUCAAUUAAUUGAUCGUGUAACACAUUUUGGCAUCACUAUUUUUUUGCAAACCAAUAAAAAUUAGUUUUAGGAUUUUUUAGUUACUAAAAUGAGUUUCAUCAUCAAUCGAUUCAAUACACAUAAUUUUAAUUUGCAUAUUUUAACAUUUUCAGUAUCUGGUACAUUUAAAGAGCAUAUUUUGGUAUUUUUAAAGUAGAUAUAUUAUAUAUAUGUAGGAUAUAGGUAUAUGCAUAUUAUAUAUUACCUCUAUAUUUUGUAGGUUUUUAGGGCAUAGGUAUUUUAUAUAUAAGUAGUAAGUGUGGCUCAGAUAUACAAAUAUCUGUCCUAUUUAUAAAUCUUAAAUAAUUAUUUAAUGAUUCUGGAUUCAUUGAGUUGAAUGUCUUAAAAAUUCGCAAAAUUCUUUUUAUGUUCAAAAAAUCCAAAACGCCAAAAAUAUACAAAAUAACAUUUUGUAAAACUAUACAAGUUUAGAAUCGUAAGGACAUAAAACGUAUUUUGGUAUAAACUAUACACUUUCUUUAAUAAGUAACAACCAAUACAAAAUCUGUUAAAGUAGGUACUCUAGACCUUAAAAAAAUCGAAUAGGUACUAUUAUUAUUAUUUUAGUAAAAACAUUUUCUUAAAUAACACGUAAGGUACUUACAUAACAAAUUUAGGUAUCUACCUAUCUAUACUAUUAUGUAUAUUAUGAAAAUAUAUCUUCCUAACAGAUCUCUUUUUCUUUUUUUCAUAGGUUUAACAAAUUUAAUUUAAAUACUUUUAUCAUAUAACGUGGUAUUGAAUUUUCAGGUCUAUAUUUAGGUACUUACUGCAUGUUUUAUCGACUGACAAUUUUCAUACUUAAUGUAAUCUUGUAUAGAAAUAAAAUAGUGCACGUGACCACAGUAAAACAAAUUUUUAAAAUGGUACACUGAAAUAAUUUGGAUUACAUAUUGUUUGAAUGAAUUUUAUUUUUGUAAUCAAAUAUUUAUAGGUAGAUAUUUAGAACAUAGAAAUAUUAAUUGUAAACAAUAAUAGGUAUUGUUUACCUAUUAUUAUAUCAGACUAUUAUUUUCUCCUGGUUUGUGUUAUUAUUAUAGAAUAACACGUUUAGGAAAAUCAAGAAAUAUUUAUUUAAAUAAAAUACUAUUAUUUUUUUUAGACAUGCGGUAGUAGUGGCAGGACAUACACAUACGGCGAAGGCCGGAUGAUUUGCAGAUUAUUCGCUAGUACACUUAUUUCAAAACUGGGUUUGAAAAAAGGUGACGUGGUGGGACUAUUAUUACCGAAUAUACCAGAAUAUGUUUUUGCCAUCCACGGAGCUCUUGAAGCAGGGCUUGUCGUUACCUUUGUCAACCCUCUUUACACUGCUAGUAAGAUAUUGUGCAUAUUAGUUGUAUAGGUUUUAUAGAUAUACCUACUCAUUUUUUACUAGUUUUAGUUACGUUAAUUUUUUAAUUUUUUUUUUUUAGUGGAAGUAAAACGGCAGUUCGAGAACGCCCAAGUAAAACUUUGCAUGACAAUCUCAUUAUUACUACCUGUUAUCCAAGAAGUGGCUCCUAGUCUUAAAAAUUACACGGGCACCAUAGUAUUUGGCGGUGAAGAAGUCGCGAACGAAAAAAAUCGGGUGUAUGAUUUCAAAACAAUAGUUUCAGGACAAUCGCCCGAAGAACUACCGGAAUCUUACCCCGACGAAGUGGCCUUAUUGCCAUACUCUAGUGGAACAACAGGACUGCCAAAAGGUGUUAUGUUAACACACCGAAACUGUGCUGUAAAUUUGGAACAGUGUAUACACAAAGAAAUCAUAAGUUACAUGCCAACAACUGGUUAUUAUACAUACUAAUUUGAAUAAUAAUAAUAAUAUUAGUAACUCUUUGAAAAACUUUACUUUACCACUUAUACUUAUGGUAUUUUUCAGACAUGUACCAAGAGAGAGUUUUGAGUGUUUUACCAUUCUUUCAUAUUUAUGGGUUUAAUGGAAUAUUAAAUGGAGUUUUAGCUCAUGGUCUUCAUAUGAUUACUAUACCAAAAUUUACUCCUGAAUCAUACAUAGAGUGUGUAUUUAAAUUUAAGGUGCAUAAUUUAACUCAUUUACUUUAAGACUAAGAAAUAAAUUGUGUAUUUAAAUUCCUAUUAACAUGAAAAUAAUUAUGAUUUAGCCAACUUUUCUAUUUGUGGUGCCUUCACUGUUGUUGUUCCUAGCCUCUCAUCCGUCAGUAAAACCAGAACACUUAAGCUCAAUCAAAGAAAUCACUUGUGGUGCUGCACCAGCAUCAAAAGCUCUGAUUGACAGUUUUCUUCAUAAAGCUCAAAAAGACAUAAGAAUUAGACAAGGUUAGAAUUUGAACGCUUAAAUAAUACAAACACUAUUGUUUCACAAUAUUGCUAGAUAUCCAAUUCAUUAAAUGUAUUUAUGUUAUGAAAUAUAAAUUAAAUUUCAAAAAAAAAAAUAUUUAGAGGAGUUAUAUAUGCAAAACAAAUUAAUAAAUAGAUAUGUAUACAAAAAAAAAUAAAAUAAAGUCUGGAGUAUUAUAAAAGUUGUGUAUAAAUACAAACAGUAAUUAUUAAAAGGGAAAUGACUAAAAUGGUAAUAGGUAAUAAUAACAUUGUUACAAAACAGUUCUAGGUAGUACUGUGUUUACAUUGUAAAAUAUUUUUUUUUAAUCUUUUAAACGUUUUCAGGUUAUGGAAUGACUGAAUCUUCCCCUGUGUCUUUAUAUACAAGAGUUUCAUUACCUGCGAACAAAACUGGUAGUACUGGGCAACUUGUACAAAGUACUCAAGCUAGGGUUAUUAGUUUAAUUGAUGGCAAGGACUUAGGUCCCCAUAAAUCUGGAGAACUUUUGGUUAGAGGACCCCAGGUAAAAUAAUAUUUUUUACCUAUAUUUUUUUAUAAUAAUUAUUAUUAUUUUUAUAAUAAUUUAUAUUAUUUCAGGUAAUGGUUGGAUAUCUGAAUAACGAAAAAGCAACAAAAGAAACUGUGGACAAAGAUGGUUGGUUACACACAGGUGAUGUUGCUUACUAUGACGAGGAUGAAUAUUUCUUCAUUGUAGAUAGGACCAAAGAGUUAAUUAAAGUUAAAGGAAAUCAAGUAAGUACACAUUUAAUUUAAUCUAUACAUUUUAUAUGCAUAUGCUUAUCAGAGCAACACUAUAAAAAGUAAUAAAAACAUGAUUUUGGCAAUUGUAUUUCUUAUGAGUAGGUUAACCUUUUAAGAUAAUAAUUUAAUUAUACUUUACUAAAAGUAUCUACUUACAUCUACAUUUACAUAACUGACAACUACUAAAAUAAUAAUAUAUAGAUAAUAUACAACUAUUUCAUGUAUAUCAAAUAUGUAGAUUUAUUUUAAGCAUUGAUUAAACAUUUAGACUUAUAAAAUAUGUAUGAAUAGAUUUUCAAAUCAAACAGAAAUUUAAAAUAAAGAUAAUUGUUUUUCAACUGAUUAUUUUCAUAAUGAUUUGGGUUCAUAAUAAAAAAACAUGCCCGAUUUGUUUAAAUAGUCUUUUAAAAUUUAAUGUGAAUAUACACUGUUGGCUUAUAAUUAUUCUGUUUAUAAAUGUUUAAUAACUAUAGGACUGAGUCUAUCAUGUUAAUUCUAUACUUUUUUAGUGAAGUUUCCAAUUAUUUUAUUAUAUUAUUUAAAAUUUAGUGUUCUUAACAAUUUGAUCAUUUUAUUUUCCUAUACCCUAUUGUACUAAUAAUUGUAAUCAAUAAUAUUUAAAUAUAUACUUUUUAAAUUAAGUAAUGGUUCUUUUACAUAAGAAAUAUUUAUAGUUAUUUUUUUUUUGACUAAUUGAUUUGAGUGCAUAUACUUAAUAAAUAAUUCAAGCAAUAUAUUUCUAAAAUAUACUUUGAACUGCCCAUAAACUAAUUUUUAUAACUUCAACAGUAUUUAUCUGCAUAAAAUUAUUAAUUGACAUUGAAGCAAAUUCGUUAUGACAAUAAUUAUCACAUAAACAAUAUAAAAUAUAAGAAAAUUUUAAGAUUUAUUAGAUAAGUUAUUAUAUAAUUAAAACAAUUAAUGAUAAAAAAUGUAUACAUUACACGUAUGUAUCGAAAUAAAUGAUUGUAUUCAUCAUUUAAUUAUUUCUUUCUCAUAGCAAAUUAAUAUUAUUAUUAUUAGAUUUAUUUAACUAUACAACUUAUAUAUCUUGUACUAAUGUUGGGAAAGAAUGCGUUCAUGUUGGAUCAUGUUUCUUUUUAAAUAUAGGGACGAGGAACGUGAAAUUUCUGUUCCUCCUAUUAUAUAUAAAAAAAAAAAAUGAAACUCACCUUAUUUUAAUGAUAAUAUUGUUUAAAAAUUAUUUAGUAUUGGUAUCACUUCAUUAGUUAUUAAUAAAUUACCACAAUAUAUUAUUGCAAUAAUGUAGCCCCAACUUUUUUAUUUUUAUUAACUAUAAGGUACAUUAUAUGAUAAUAUUAAUAUAAAUCAUUGUAACUAUGAUAUAAACAGUGUCUUGGUAAUAAAAUUGACUAUUUAAAAUGAUAAAAAUUUAGUAAAAGAAACAAGGAAUGGGAACAAAUUAGUUUUUUAAAUGGAACUUUCUCAACACUGUUACUUAGUUACAUUAUUUUUUAUAUUUUUUUUUAUUACAGUACACAGAAAAACCCAGAUUAAAAUUUUUAAGUCUUAAUAUAUUAAAUAUAAUACACCGAUUUUGAAUUAAUAACAAUUUGAUCUAUGACAUUUUUUACAGUACCACUCUAUUUAGGACUUCAUUCAUUAAGUUCUAUCUGUUACUUUCAAGGUCUUCAUAAAUAAUUUAUACUUUAACAAAUUUUGUGACAAUAAUCAUAUUGGGGUAUACCUAGUGUAGAAGAAUAAUUUUUUUAAGAUUUUUGUAUUUUAAUUUUUCUUUAUGAUGAUUAAAAUAUUCAAUAAAUUUAGUAACUUUAUUUUUCUGUCAUAAAUCAAUAUCAUCAUUUAAAAAAGGAUAUAGUUAAAUAAAAAUGUAAUUUAAUAAUUUAAAAACCAAAGUGCAAUAUUUUUUUCAACUAACAACUUCUUUAAUUUAUAUGUAAGUAAAUUAAAAAAUAAAGUAUAAUAUUCAAUAUACAGUGCAUUUUAUAAGUCUAUUAAAUUAGGAAUGAAAAUUUACAGAUAAUAGUAGAUAAAGAUUUUUUAAAUUAGUUAAUGAAUGUAUAAAUUGUACUUUCCCAGAUACAACUUGAAUUUAUAAGUAAAAGUACGCAAGGUAUUAACAAUAUCUAUAUAAGUACAUUAUAAAUAAAUAAUGUUAACUAUAAGAUUUAAAUUAAAAUAGUGAAACAUAUUUUAACAAAUGUACUGUAAGAAAUAAUUUUAUUCAAUUUAUAAGUUUCUGAAGACAAACACAAAAAAAAUUGUUUAAAUUUAUAUUUAUUUAAAAUUAAAUAUGUAAAAAAAAAAAAAUUGAAUUAAUUAUCAAAUUAAAGAAGCAAUAUUUGCAAAUAAUUUUAUACAUUGAAUGAAAUAACUUAUUCUGAAUUCAUCAUGUAUACAAAUUAAACUUUACAUCUUUUUUACCUAAUUGAUCAAAUUUAAAUAUUAAUCUAACCAGUCAAUGUACAUAUUAUCCAUUAAUAUCCAUUUAGGUCUAAUAUUUACUAAGACUAUUUACUUUCAGUCAAUUUGUUUUCAUCCUGUUCUUGAAGUUCUUCAACAACAGUACUAGGUUCAGUUAUCUUGGUAUUUUCUUCAUUUACUGAGACUGUUUCUUGUUCAGUAGGCUUAUCAUUUUCAAUUUUCUCAGACUCUACAUCCAUUUCUGUAGAAAUUGGUUCCAUAUCAGGUACAUUAGGAGGCACAUCAACAGUAGAUUCGUCAACAUUGUCUUGGCAUUUUUUAUCUUCAUUUAUUAUAGAUUCUGUGCAUUUUUCGUGUACACUAUCACAGUUUACUUCCGAUUCCAUACAUUUAGUUGCUUCUUCGACUAGAUCUUCAACUUGAACAUCCAUAUUUUCAACAUCUUUAUUUGAUUUUUCUAAUUCAACUUCAGGUUGUGAGGUGGCUACAUCCAGUUCUACUUUAAUAUCAGAAUCUGGAGUUUGAUGAAUAAUAGAACCUUCUACUCGAUCAGAAUCUAUUGUUGGUAUUAAUUCUGGUUGUUGUUCCAAUUUAUUACUUUCAACAAUUGAUGGUUCUUCAGUUUUCUGUUCAACAUUUUCAAGAUUUAUAUCGUUAGAUAAAAUGUUAAGUUCUUCAGUGGGUUUUUCAACUAUAGGUUCAUCUAUUUCAACCGGUUGAAUUUCAUUAAUUCCUUCAGUGGUUUGCUCUUUUAAUGGAUCAACUACCGAUUCAUUUACGACUUCGGUAACAUCAGUACUGACUUGCUCUACAACUUCUGCUGUAUUCGUAAUCUGUGUUCGAGGUGGAUCAGUACCUACCACUUGAGUAUCUUGUUUGGGUUCUUCAGUUGAAAGGGCUGGUUCUAAUUCUUCCAUAACUUGUGCAACAAGAUGAUUUUGUUGUUGAUCAACCUUAUGAUCAGUCUUUAUUUCAUCUAAUUUAGUAUUUAUAGGUGUUUUCAUUGAUUCUAGUUCGUCCAAAAGACUUUCUACAGUUUCAUUAUCAUUCAGAACCUUUAUGUCUGAAAUAACAUUACCUUUAUCAACCAAAUCCAUAUUAAUGUCUGAAUCUUUUCCGUUUUCCCAUCUAUCUGGGACACCAUUAACAAUUGUUUCAUCUCGUUUUACUUUCAACUCACAAGUGCUUACAACCAAUAUGUUUUUCUCUACUGCUCGCAUAAACUUAUCUACGCGACUGUACUCUUUUCUUGGACAUGACAGAAGUUCGCAGAGCCUUUGUAUGGUAAAAGGGGGUCCGUUGAAUGUAUCAAAACGUUCUAGCAACACAGUCUUCAUGGCUUCAUAGUUAAACGGAUCUACAUUCGGGUACGGUGGUAUGUCGGCAAUGGACGAAUGUUCAGCGAACUCAGCAAUGACAUUCAAUAUUUUUUCCCGGAUGAACGGCUUGACCAACGUCCACUGGAACAACGUGUUGCCCGUUUUAGCGACGUAUCUCAGAUAUUCUUCUAGUUCCACGGGAACUUGCUGUUUGUACAUCUGGUACAUCUCCAGCAUUUGCAUGACGAGUUCUGCGUUUUCGAUCAUUAUUCUCGUUGUAAGGUACUUGACAGUAACAUGAAUUGUUUCCGACCCGUGUAUGUGUUAUCGUUUUCGAUUUUUACACGACAGCUGCACUACGCGCAGUAAAACGAAAUAUAAUGCGUCAGUGAGACGAACCGUGCACAGAAAUAACAAAAAAUCGUAAACAACAAAUAUAACAAAUAAUUAUAAUAACACCAAGCGGUAGCUGAAAAAUAAGCACAACGAAAAUAGAUAAGAAAACCAUAGCGGGCGUGUGGCGCGCAUGCGUGCUCAUUGUGAAACAGUGUUAACAUGUUUACGAACAACGUUUUCUCGAUUAUACCGCCGCGUCGGCCCUCUUGAAGAUUAACACUUUUUUUCGUUUAACUUUUAAAAAUUUUAAAAAUUUUAAAAAUUAGGUAUCUAAAUAAGCCAAUCAAAGUUUAUGGUUAUCUAUAACUCAGCUUAUAAUAAAAUAAUAAUUUUAUUAUGUAUAAACCUUAUUAGGUAAUAUAGGUAAUUAUAAUAAUGAUUACUUAAUGCUAUCCAUGUUCUAGUUUUAAAAUUGUUAGAUUUACCAAUUUUAUUUUGUAAGCUAUUAACUUAUUGUUUUAUUAUGUUUACCGCUAAAGGCCUACCUGAAUAAUAAUUUCUGUUGGUGUAUUUACGAGAGUUAAAUUGAAAGUCUCCCUCUAUUUUCUGGCCAUACUGUCCAUUUAAGUUUUAUCCAAUUUAUAAUUUUUCAUAUUAAACGAAUAUUAAAAAAGCGUUUUAAUUAGGGAGUAGGUAUACAUAGAGAUAUAAAUAUUAGAAUAUAAUAUAGGUUCUCUAUAAUGUCCAUGAUAGAUACCUACCUAUAUAAACAAUUAAGUACAUUACUGAUAAUAAAAUAUUGUUUAAAAAAUUAAAAAGUACCCACCUAUAUGACCCACUUGUCUUAAUUCCUAAUUAAAUAUCAUAGUCCAUUAUGAAAUGUUCAUUAUAAUUAGUAAUAAUAGUAUAAAUUUUGAUAAACAUUGAUUAAUCUCAUUAAAUAGAUACCUACCUAUUAUUUUAAUUUACUUAAUUAUUUAUAAUGUAGCUGUAAAUAUGCAUGGUCUAAAAAUAUAUCACCUGCUAUACCUUUCACAAUAAUAUAUUUGAUGGGUAUAUAAAAUAGGUACGUAUUCUAAUUAUCCGAUUUAUUUUUCUUCACAACCAAUUAUAAGGUGUAAGAAAUUUAUUUUAAAUUAGGUACAAUUGGAAUUUGUAUGUAGGUAUCUAUAUUUUAUGAUAAAAUAUGUUUAAAUAAAGUAUACAAUUAUAUUAAUACAAUAUUAACCUAUUUAAAAAUUAACAAGUAACAGUAGCAUUAUUUGCUGUCUAUCUGGGUUCUUUUUACCUAAGGAAAUAACAAAGAAAUGUCUUCAGAUUUCUCAUGGUAAAUUCGGUACUCUAGUUCUAAUAAAAUAUAUGCUCAAAUUAUUUUAUCAAAUUAAAAACAGUACCUACUAAACAUUUAAUAAGUUUUUUAAUGUCUUAUUAGACAAUGUAUUAGUCAAAAUUAUAAACUUAUUUUCUUAAUAUUUUUUUCUCCAUCGCCUUCAUCCCAACCUAUUAGAGAUCAGCCAGAAAUAAUGACAAAAUCCGCUCAUGUCUUAUUGAGAACGCCUUAUCCUGGUUUACAUAGUUUUUUACAGGCUGUCAACGUGAUACAACUCCAUUUGUCGCCUUAGGUAGAGGUGGGAAUAUCCAUUCUCCUGAGUUUUUUCUUAAUGUAAAACCUAAUAAUGAAAAUGUAAAAAAAUUCUCAUUGUGAAAACAAUAGGUAAAUGUUUGAAUUAGUGACAAACUGGCUACCUAGAACAAAUAGAUAACUAGUUGUUAAUUGCUUUAGUUAUUUAAACGUUUGUUUAUACUUAUAAAAAAAUUGUAAUUUAACUAAUUUUUUUUAAAAUUUACAGGUGUCUCCAACUGAACUGGAAAAUUUGAUUUCAGAAUUGAAAGAAGUGGCUGAUGUGGCCGUAGUAGGCAUCCCAGAUGUGCUCUCAGGGGAAAUACCCAGGGCUUUUGUUGUAAAACGACCGGGUUCAAGCAUUGACGAAAAGACCAUAUUGAACCAUGUCGCAAAGAACGUGGUAGCGUACAAAAAAUUAGCUGGUGGUGUAAAGUUCUUAGACAUAAUCCCACGUAAUCCAUCCGGUAAAAUAUUGAGAAAUGAGCUUAAAGUGUUUGGCAACAACCCCAGUGAACAGCAACCAAAGAACUGAUUUAAAUUAGUAGGUAAAAUUACAUGUAUAAUACCUGUUUAUUUAUUAUACUAGUGUAUGUAAAUAACUAUAUAUUAUAUGUGUGUGGGGACUGAUUUAGAUAUAUACCUAUGCAAUAUAUACCGAAGAACCGAUUAUCGAUAGGCUUACCUAUAAAAUGGCUAUUAUAUUAUAUUGAGUAUUUUAUUUUUAAAUUUAUUCAAUGUUGUCCAAAAAAGUAAAUGCAUGCAACUAAUAUUUUAUUUAAAGCAUUUGCUUAUAGACCUAUAAUAUUGGAUAUAGAAUUUCAACAUAAAUGCCGAUCAACAAAUUAAAUAUUGUUAUUAUUUUAAUAAUUUCUAUAGGUAGUUAUACACAAAUAUUUUAUACAUGUAUUCACUUAAAAUGUUUUUUAUUAUUUUUUUUUUUACAAAUAUUGUAUUUCCUAUGAUUGUUAAUAUUUUACUGUUGCUAAUUUGUUUUAUUCGUUUUUUUUAUAGCCAUAACCAAUUUGUUACAAAUAAUUUAUUUAAUUUAUAUAAUAUUAAGAAUAUAAUAUCUUGUUAUAAUAUUUUAUCAUUAUUAUUAUAUUUUAGUUUUGUUCAUGAAUCAUCUUUAUUUUGUUAUUUGUGUAUAUAAUGAAAUGUGUUCAUGUUGAACUGUUAAAAAAUUUAUUCUCAUGAAGAUGAAAAAG